AUGAAUCCGCCUGGCGUUCUGGUCCCCAUCAUCAGAAGUAGCGGGACCUCGAACCCUACUCUUGAGAGCGCCCAGUCCAGCUUGGACCACUCGAGCAGCCUCGAGUCUUCGCUGCAGUCGGAUUCCGCCUCGACAGAAUCCGGCCUCCGACCCGUUCACUCGUCCACGACCGGAUGUUACAUCUCAGCCCCCAUGUCCCCGCCGGUCGGCUACCCGAUGCCUCAAGCCGGACAUCCGAUAGCUUCAGCCGCGCCACUGAAACCACCAGUUGCCCCAGCAAUCGCAGCUGCUACGGAACAGGCCCCUGAACGAUUGUCUGUGAUCAGCUCGUCUUCAUCAGGGUCAUCGCGAUCCAACAAGAGCGGCAGUGCGAAUGUCGCUGCGCCUGGUUGGGCGCAACCGCCCUCGAAGACGCGCGCCAUGUCACUAGAGAGUGGUCUUGCCGACCGGAAUACGGAGGCCGAGCCGAACGUCAACCCAGUGCAGACUGUCGAGGGCCCAUCGGGAGAGCCCAUUGAGGUGCUCAAAGGCGAGCAGGGGCGUAUAGCGAUCAAGAGCACCCCGACCCAGUACGAAGUUCUCGUGUGGCUCCCGGGAUUCUCUAUCAAUGACAUCACGAUUGUCUCGCGUCGGCAUCAGGUGCUGCACAUUGUUGCCGAUCAGUGGGAUGAGAAUGAUCACGCCCAGUGGGAGAUCAAGCUCGGCGACGAUGCGAUUAUGAACUCCAUCCGCGCCGCGUUUACUGGCCAGGAGCUGCGGAUCACUGUCUCGCGCAACCUCCGCCAGCAGUUUGGCAACCACUCGAACACCUCGAACGUGUCGAUGCGAACAGCGUCGACGCGCGCCGCGCCCUCCAUGUCGGGCGCCGCCAUUGCCCACUCGCACGAGCGCAGUAUGUCCUCCCCUUCGACCGGUUGGGGAGCGCUGGAGCGCCGAGAAUUAGAAGCGUCGAGCCAGAGCUUUCGCGAAGCCGCCCCUCCCCGUGAGAUCCGUCAACAGUGA